AAAGUGGAGGAUAUGUAUAUUAUUGACACCAGUGUAGUGGAGCAGAGCGAUGAAUGGGAAUAUGGGUAAAGAAGAGGAAUUAAACAUGGUCCAAGAAGGUAGAGGGACCCCGACCCAGCACCCAGGCAACGUGAACUCUUUCAUGCAGAAAGAAAUCUUUGAGCAGCCAGAGUCCGUAGUCAACACAAUGAAAGGGCGAGUCAACUUUGAUAACCUAACAGUAAAUUUGGGAGGUCUGAAAAAUCACAUCAAAGAAAUUCAAAGAUGUCGACGACUAAUCCUCAUUGCCUGUGCAACCAGUUACCAUGCUGGAGUUGCUACACGUCAGAUCCUUGAAGAGCUCACAGAGCUUCCAGUCAUGGUGGAAUUGGCUAGUGACUUCCUAGACAGAAAAACCCCUGUAUUCAGAGAUGAUGUGUGCUUCUUCAUCAGUCAGUCAGGAGAGACAGCGGAUACUCUUCUUGCACUGCGUUACUGCAAAGAACGGGGAACCCUGACAGUAGGGAUCACUAACACUGUUGGCAGCUCCAUCUCUAGGGAGACAGACUGUGGUGUCCAUAUUAAUGCUGGGCCUGAGAUUGGUGUGGCCAGCACAAAGGCAUACACUAGCCAGUUUGUAACACUGGUCAUGUUUGCACUCAUGGUUUGUGACGACCAUUUCUCUAUGCAAGAGCGACGCAAGCAAAUUAUUCAUGGUCUGAAAAUGCUGCCAGAUCACAUUAAGGAAGUACUUAGCCUUGAUGAUGAGAUUCAGAAGUUGGCAGCUGAACUGUACCAACAGAAAUCUGUGUUGAUCAUGGGUCGUGGAUAUCACUAUGCAACCUGCCUGGAAGGGGCAUUGAAAAUUAAGGAAAUCACCUAUAUGCAUUCGGAAGGGAUCAUGGCUGGGGAGCUGAAGCAUGGUCCACUGGCCUUGGUAGACAAACAAAUGCCGGUCAUCAUGAUUAUAAUGAGGGAUCAUGCCUAUACCAAGUGCCAGAAUGCUCUGCAGCAAGUGGUAACUAGAAAGGGGCGUCCAGUUGUGAUCUGUGACAAGGAGGAUACAGAAACAAUUAACACAAUCAAACCUACAAUCAAGGUUCCUCACACAGUGGACUGUCUUCAAGGAAUACUGAGUGUGAUCCCCCUGCAGCUCCUUGCCUUCCAUCUUGCUGUUCUCAGAGGAUUUAGUGUGGAUUGUCCAAGAAACUUAGCCAAAUCUGUGACUGAGUAGUAAAAUUGGUGGGAUCCGCAGACGACAUUAUUUCUAAUGUUUUUAUAACCCAACUUUUAAGUUUAAUAUUUAUGUGUCUCAUCUCCCUUUGUUUUAAUCUGCAAAAUCAGAAUAUUGUAGAAAUGUAAAUUCUGUAAAAAGACAGAGCUUUGUAGAAUAGAUACUACUAACUUUCUUUGCAGACAACGCAAUUUCUACCUUUUCUAUAUCCCAAUGUUUAUGUUCCUUUCAUCUCCUUUGUAUUCAGUCCAUUUGCAGCACCGGCUGCUACAUCUUAUAAAUCUGGAAAACCAGAAUAUUGUACAAAUGUAGUUUCUGUUGUACACAGACAGAGCCUUGUAGAAUAAAUACUAUUAACUUUAUUUGCAGUAAUUUUGACACAAACUAAGUCUGUGAACUACUGUAGUUACAGCGAUAAGGGGAUUUUUUCUCAAUAUAUACUUGUAUAGUUGUAAAUUUUAUACCUGUCUAUGUAAAUAUAUUAGGGAAUAUAUAGAUCGAAAUUAAUAUAUAGAACUUUAUUUACUUCUUUGAAAGUUUGCUGACAUGACUUUCAAGCCAUUUUGAACAAUUGUGGCUCGGUUCACAUUGGUGCAAUGUCAGACAUUGCAUGUAAUUCGCAUUGCACUGCUGUGCAAAUCCCAUGCGCUGUCUGUGAGAUGCAAAUUCUUUUUUUGGUUCGCACCAGAAUCGGAUCACAUGGUGUUCAAACCCAUGCGAUCCGAUUCCUGUCCGAAUUAACAGUUCACACUGUGAUAUGCGGACCGAUCUGGGGGUGUCAUUAACUUUGUACUGACACUCCCAGCUGUUCACAUAGGGCAGUGUAAACUGCCUGCGAGUCGGGUGCGAUGAGGGAACCAGCAUUGGAUUCGCAGGGUUCCCGCAUUGCACCAGUGUAAACCGAGCCUUUAUUGUGGUGUUUUUUUUCUACACAUAACCCUACCCUGGUUGGUGGGUUCAGCCUUGUCAAUAGGUUAGGGGAAUGGGAGGAACAUAUGUGAAAUAGGGAUUGAACAUGACAUCAUUAGGGGAUAUCAAGUUCUAUUAAAAUAAACCUAUCACAAAGAAAAGUGCAUUCAUAUAAGUAGCAGUUCAGUAAUUA